GUGUGUAAGCAUCGAGACGCGCGCGCUGUGAGGAGGCUGGACCAGGAGCGCGCUGCUCGCUCGCUCAUCCGUCAGUCGCUCCGUCGCGCUCUUCUGUGCAUGCAACUCCGUCCAGACACCGGCACGCGAACAUCAAAGAAACCCAAACAAUGACAUUAUCUGUAACGACACGACAGAAACACAGCAUUAUCUGACCGACCGAACCGAUCACGAACCUCUUUCUGCUCGCUGUUUGCCGCCUUAUUCCAGUCCAGCACCCAGCGACCAUGAUGCUCAGCAGCUCAGUGGAUGUACCCAGCCCAGGCGGGAUGAGCACGGUGGCGCCCCGGAAUGUAUUUCGCAGUUCCAGCAUUAGUGGUGCCAUGUACAACCUGGAGAAGAGCCCCAGCAGCACAGGGCCUGAUGCCACAGGCCUGGCUGGAAACAAGAAGCGUCGCUCCAGCCUGGGAGCCAAGAUGGUGGCUAUCGUGGGUCUGUCACAGUGGAGCAAGAGCACGCUGCAGCUAAACCAGCAAGACGGUGGAACAAAGAAGCUGCGCAGCACCAUCCGGCGGAGCACAGAGACGGGUAUCGCGGUGGAGAUGAGGAACCGUGUCACACGGCAGGGCAGUAAGGACUCGACAGAUGGCAGCACUAACAGCAACAGCUCUGAUGGGACCUUCAUCUUCCCCACCACUCGCCUCGGCCCUGAGAGCCAGUUCAGUGACUUCCUGGACGGUCUUGGUCCUGCUCAGAUAGUUGGGCGGCAGACGUUAGCCACACCGCCAAUGGGUGAUGUUUACGUUGGUGUGGUGGAUAGAGGGGGUCAGUUAGAGGUCGAAAUCACGCAGGCGCGAGGUCUGACCCCUAAACCAGGCUCAAAGAACAUUCAAGCAACUUAUGUAAAGGUUUAUGUCCUGGAGAAUGGAAUGUGUCUCGCCAAGAAGAAAACCAAAGUGGUGAAGAAAACCCUGGAUCCAACCUUCCAGCAAUCGCUGAUGUUUGACGAGAGCCCACAGGGGAAAGUGCUACAGGUGAUCGUGUGGGGCGAUUACGGUCGCAUGGACAGCAAGUCUUUCAUGGGAAUGGCUCAGAUCCUCCUGGAUGAUCUAGACCUGACAUCGAUGGUGGGCGGCUGGUACAAGCUCUUCCCCACCUCCUCUCUAGCGGACCCCAGCAUCGGCCCCCUGACACGCCAACUCUCCCAGUCCUCGCUCGAGAGCGCCGCCAGCCCCUCGUGCACCUAGACACAUCCAGACCCCGUUUUAAAUAAGCCCCAUUCUAAAUCUCUGUGUGUGUAUGUUUGUUGAAUAUACCCCGCCAUGACCCCAAACGCAUGAACACACAAUCUGAUAGAUCCAGCCAACUCGCCCGGAGCUGGAACGCUCUUCUUUACUGAUACAGAUAUUAAGAGUUGGAUACAAAUCAGGUGUGACACAUAUAACACACACACCCUCCCAGAUGGAUAUGGGUGUAACCAGCAACAUGCGGUUGUAGGGUAGUCAAGAAUCAGUCGUGGCUAGUUACAUGCAGAUCCAUUUUCCAGAGGUCAACCAGUGGUGGCAUUUGAUAAAUCUGCAGAGAAAUGUUCUUGACAAUGUAGCAUUCAUGUUGACGUCAUGUCACACAGGAAGCAGAAUGGGUUCUCCAAGACUAGUAGUUUCCGAACCCUCAAGGGUCAGUCAUUUCUCUAUGCCAAACCCAAUCAAAGUUUUAUUUUUUAAAAACCAAAGCAAUUCUUAUUAUCUGUAGUGUUAUGUUAUUGAGUAUGGAUAUGUAGCAGAGUCAGUGACUUAGACAAGAUGCAAAAAAACAAAUACAUAUUAGAAAAAAAAGGUGCGGUCACAUUAGCGAAAUUUAGGCGAAAUUACGUUGGCAAAGAAAUCCAUUUUCCAUUGUCUAAAGUUUUGCGAUAUAUGAAGUCACUUUCAAACCAAGCAACUUUUCACGGAGCAAUUGCGCCUGACCAACUUGAAGAUGAACGAAAUCUGCUUUGGGACUUUAACGCAAAACUCCAAAUCGCACGGAUUCCUAUAGAAAUGACUGGAAUUCACCUGUAAGAUUUCGCCGACCAACAUUAAAUGUGAUCGCACCUCUAGACUACAUACACAAUUCAACUUUUAAAGGGCAGGGCUUUACUCCACAUGUCAGGUUAUUUAUUAGAAAUGCACAUGAUUCCUAUCGCAUAAAGUAGCGUUUUUUCUUUUUUUUCUUUUCAGAGAAGUGAAUAAUUAAAUAUAUAGAUCGAUAUUUGUGUUCAUGUAUUUAUCGACUGCAUUCUGCACGUUAACUCGCAACUCUUGUUGAGCAAAAUAUGUAAAGUGCUAUUUUAAGCUUGCCUUUAAAAUUACUUCGACUUAUAGAUGGAAGGUUAUUUAUUUUGCUAAUGUUUCACUCUCACUUUUUGUCUGAACAACACAAUCUGCACCGAGCUGCAGACGUAGUCCGAGGGACUCAGACCCUCCGAAGGAGAACCAACUGUCCUGAUAAACCAGCAACCCUCAUACACAGCUGCAUUGUGGGAUACGCCAAAUGGUGUCCGCUGGCAAGCAAGAGAACUUUUCUUGUAGCAAGUACCGAAGAUUUCUGGGAAGUUGGAGCCGCAUUAGACUUUACCGCCUCAAGUAGUUUUGGGUUUCUUUCUACCAGCAUUUGGAAGUGUUAAAGGCCUUUCCCAUUACCUGGUACUCUCAGGAGGUCACGCUGAACUGCAAAACACACACACGUAACAACAUGAGGACUGGUGAUGGGGUCGCUCUCUCAACAGGAUCUUGAAGCCCAGAACAAAUUAUAUUCUGUAAACUUGUUUUUUUUUCGCCUUUGAACUUCUGUCCAAUCAGCAGUCUCCUUUAGCUUCGUCUCUGAAGAUGAGUGGCUCUAGAAGGUUUCUUCAUUCGAUCUUUGGUGUUAUUUCGACUUGUGGAUGGAAAGCAGCACUGUAGGUAAAAAUCUAAGUAUUCAUCCCACUCCUGUCAGCCUUUGAAUAUCUCAGAGCAGAAGAAGGUACCUUACACAUCACAAUAUCUCUGUAGCAGCUCAUUUUAUUCAUGUUAGAUUAGUCUGCAGAUGUGAUGGCAACACAUAUAAUAUGAUUCAUAUUUGAUAGUUAAAGUACAAACCAGAAAAAUAUUCAUUUCUACAUUCCCAUAUAAAUGACAAAUCAUGAAAGACAUUUGUAUGCUUCAAACUUUCUUUGAUGGACGCGCACAAUCUCUAAAUAUUGUUUGAUUCUCUGGUUUACAUCAUGAUGGUGUAGAAACUUUUAAAAGCAGAUUAUAAGACGAUCAGCAAACCAUUUAAUCUGAUUUAUCAUUUUGUAUCACAUCAACGUUUGAAAUAUUUAACUAUUGUUUUUUUUUCAUGCUUUUUUUUUCUAUCUGCCAAUCUCACCCCCCAAAAAAUGGGACUUUACACUUUCUUAUUAAUCAUCUGAAACGGUAAAUUACUGUAUUUCACCCAAUCAUCAGAAUUUUGACAUAUUUAGAAUAUUUUACUUUCCAUCCCAUCAAAAUUAGUCUCUGUUAUCUUUCACAUACACGUCUUGCUUCUUUCGUAUUUGCACAGGUUUGAUUGUGUUGCACCUUUCUCUUUUCCACCAACAGACAAAUGUCUGUACAUAAAAUUAGGAACAAAAAUUUUCUUAAUUCUUACUUAAGAUAAAAUUGUAUUACUGUACUGAAAACAAAUUGUAUUUGCAGUUGAAUGUUUGUCCUUGGUAAACACAUCUAUGAAAUGACUAUUAGACAUUGAUAUUUUUUUUUCUAUGUGAUUUUACGUACUUGGGACUUUGGGAUAAUAUAAGUGUCCCUCUAUUGUACAAUGAAGUGGCUACAAAAUCUAACUGGUCUUGCAUUUUUGCAAAAUGAAAAGAGUCUGAAUGCAUGAAUAUUAGUAAUGUACUGCUCUAUUUUUUCAGGUGUAGUGGGUGGAUGUAGUUUGUUGCAGUCCAUAGCUAAACCAAAUGCAACAUUGACAAAAAAUUUACUAAAAAAAUCUAGAUUUGCCGCUCCAAGAUUUCUGUGGUUUGGAUGCGUUUUGAUAUUUUAACAUGGAAUGAGAACGAUCAGAUCGAUUUUGUUUUGACCGUAAUCAGAUAAAGCUGUCAAAAGCUUGUGUGAUGUGCUGAUAAUCUGUACAAAUCUUUGAGUAUAAUGAAGUAACUUCUGAAUAAGAUACCAGAAAAAGUGGCUGGCAUCUAGUUCAUUUAAAUGUUCGUACUUCAUGCUUUUAUAUGCGAGACCACUUCAUGCAUUUUAAUUUAUACAUCAGUCAGAAGUCAGGUUUUUUUGGCAGUUUUAUGGCAUGCACAGUUUGUGUGUGAGUGUAAGGUGACACCAGUCUGACUGGAGAAUUAUCUUAAGACACUGAAUACAGAUUAUUAUCAGUGUGAUGUUAUGAUGUAAGGCUCAGUAUACCUGAAAGAGCGUUUCUGUGUGGAAACAGUUGGAAGUGGUCAACCUGGUAUUCAUGCUUACUUUUUAUUUGCAUUCAGAAAUGGACAGUAGAUUGUAAAACUGAGAAUGAUGCGUGAAUUUGAUCAUUCAUUUUAUGAGAUCUCGCUUCAUCAGGUACUUUAUGAUAUUGAGAGAUUGCUUUAAUUUCAAAUAAUAAGAUAAUACCUUUACAUCUGUUUUUGGGCCAUUUAAAGGAAUAGUUCACCCAACAUGAAAAUGUACUCAGCCCAGGCCAUUCAAGAUGUAGAUUAGUUUGUUUUUUUAUGUGAACAGGUUUUGAGAAUUUUUGCAUUACAUCACUUGCUCACCUGUGGAUCCUCUGCAGUGAAUGGGUGCCGUCAGAAUGAGAGUCCAAACAGCUGAUAAAAACAUCACAAUAAUCUACAAGUAAUCCACACCACUCCAGUCCAUCAGUUAACAUCUUGUAAAGUGCUGUGUGUUAUUAGAAAGAAAUGUAUCAUUAAGAUUAACGUUAAAUCGUUCCUAAAAUGUGAGUCUAAAAUCCAUAACGUUUCCUCCAGUAAAAAGGUGCAUCUUCUGUUGUCUUCACACAUUACAGUCCACCCAUGUAAAAUUAUUUAAAGCUAUUCUGGACUGUUUUCACUGGAAAACUGUGCUUAAUAUGUGCAUAUUUCUCUCCUGAUUCAGACGAAAGUCCAAAGAGGACUCAUAUUUUAGCCAAAGUAAUGGUUUGAAGUUAAAAACAUUAUAAUGAUGGAUUUGUUUCUUACAAACAUGCAGCUUUCAGCUUCACAAGACAUUAACUGAUGGACCGGAGUGGUGUGGAUUACUUGUGGGUUAUCAUGAUGUUUUUAACAGCUGUUUGGACUCUCAUUCUGACGGCACCCAUUCACUGCAGAAGAUCCACUGGUGAGCAAGUGAUGCAAUGCUACAUUUAUCUAAAUUUGAUGAAGAAACAAGGUCAUCGACAACUUGGAUGGCUUAAAGGUAAGUACAUUUUCAGCAAAUUUUCAUUCCUGGAACUGUUCCUUUAAACCCUUGUGAAGUCUUUUUAUGAACCCCUAAUACUGUUUUUUGUUACGUUUGUGAACAAAUAUAAAGACUAACGAGGAUAUAUUGAGCGUUUAUCUUAUUUUUGUAAAAUGAAUUAUCUUACAGAGCGAUUUGUUGGAUGUUUAUUGCCUUGCUUGAGAGAUUAUCAUCAGGCUUAGAUGUGUCACCGAAAGCCUUGAGUGUUUUGUUUUGAUAUUAUUAGUGAUACUAAAGUAUCUCUAACUUGAAUGUACGUAUUAAAUAUUUCAUCUGGUUGUAUUAUAAAACCUAUUUGUUUAACAGUGUCAGAGUGACAGAAUAACAACUUUACCCGGGGGCAUUGUUUAAAGGCUUACAUGAGCACAACAUCCCUGGAAUCUAGAUCAGGCUGUUUUCAAUCACUAUUGAUUUUGAGCAUUCAUUCAGUUUUGCUGAGAAACUAAGAUUAAUAUCAGAUAUCAGUUGUGCCUAUAAGUCAAAUGUAACAUUCAGUGCAUGCCUGUUUAAGUCAUUUACUUCACUGAGAUUUGUAAAAUGAUCUGAAGAAAGUAAGCAUUGUUUUUUCUUUGCAACAUGUCUGUUUUUUUUUUUUUUUUUCAAAAAGCCACGUGGUUAAGGCUCUAUUUUUUCGUGAUCACACUUAACUAAGAAAUGUCUAUCUUUAUUUUAUGUAUAGGAUUGCAAACUUGAAAUUAUUGUGCUUAUGGGUUGGAUUUAAUAAAACUGUCACUGGCCAUUAGUUUAUUUCACAUAUGUAAAGACGGUCAUUUGUAGUCUGUUUUCUCAUCCAUGUAGCAAAGCUGUAAGCAGCUCUUCUGUUGUUGCCAUAAAUCAGCCAUUCAUAUUAUUCAUGACAUUGUGAACAGCACAGGACACUGCUGGAACAUGCUCACCUUCCCACACAGUUUUCAACUUUCACGUGAGAUGUAGCUACUUUGAAAACGAUGCCCAGUUGCAUCCCCUACAUGUAACCCGAUCAAGUCUUGCACUUUGAGAGAGCACGAUCAAAGAUUCAUCAGAGUAAGAGUGGCCCCCAAAACUUUUAGAAAGAUGAUUUGAGCUGUUUAGGAAUAACAGAAUGGUAAAGAGCUGUACGGGGAAGCUGUAAUUUUAUACUUGUGCUUUGUAAAUGUUUUCUAUGUGCAGUAUUUGAUAAUGUAAAACGUAUUUUUGUGGUUUGUACGCUGCAGAACUAAUUAUUUAAGGUGCACGCCGUUUUGUAAGAAAAGGUUGGGAAACCUGGAAAUCUAAAAAAACCUUUUGACUGAAGCCUGUAUCUGCAUGCAAAUUGACUGCUGGAAGCUGGAGGUCAAUAAAUCUUAUUUGAAUCA